AUGAUGCUGGACGAGAAUGGAGGCGGAAUGGCCGGGAACGAUCUCAGGACUCUGAUCGAGUCACGCAUUCCCGAACACCGAAGUCAUCUGGAGACGAGCCAUGUGAAUCUGGAGAAUGUUGCUGCGUACUGUGAAGGGAACUACCUCAACGCCCACGAUCGAAAUUCGGCAUUCGAUGAAACAAAACAAUUUGCAUUGCAGUCUCUUGCCAGUGUUGCUUAUCAGAUCAACACUCUUGCUAGAGAUUUAUUAGAUAUGUUGGAUCUACAAACUGACAAAAUAUCAAGUCUCACUGGUCAAGUAGACAACAUCGAUGUGGUGGUCAACAUCCAUAAGGAGAAGCUUGCUCGACGUGAAAUUGGUGCGCUCACAACGAAUAAAUCCGUUCAGAAACAACCAAAGAUUAUUGCUCCAGCAGUUCAGGAGCCUCCUCAACGAUACAAACGAACGCCCAUAGAUUUUUCUGUGUUAGAUGGCAUUGGUCACGGAGUUCGUUGCGAGGUUCCACUGCAACAUCGUGGUGGCUUGAUUUCUCGAGCAGCCUCUAGUGUUUCGAGCUCUCAGCCGUACUCCGUGCAUUACUCGCAAUAUGAACGAACAGCUAAUAUUGGAACGAAUACGCUCGGUCGUUCAUCGGUUCGUAGCGGUCAUCUUUCUAUGACUCCAUCGGACCACUAUAGAGUUCCACUGGUGAUGCCGUUAAUGGAUCAUCAAAGGUACAUGUCUGUGACUACUCCGCAGAGCCACUCGGUUGGUGAAUAUGGUGCCCAUCAGAUCGGAUAUCGAAGCGCUCCGGAUUCUGAUACAGCUUCCGAUUUUGGAAGGAUGAGCAUGCAGGACAGAUACGGAACUCUGAGGCUUCACCAGGCGCAGAUUCCACGUGCGUCUGUCAUCGAUGGCACCAAUGUUGUUGGCGAGGAAAGGGCGGAGUCUCCCGGAUUCCCUCUACCUCCUCCUCAGCUUAGUUCGCAUUACGGAUAUGUUGGGAUGACUAGAGCGGAUGAUCUUCCUCCACCCGCCAUGCAGAUGCUAAAUUCAACUCAUGAGGAUGAACCUCUUCCACCCCCACCCCUUUCACAAGCGAACUUUUUCGACACACAUACGGACUGGAUUCCUCGUAAUUAUAUAGAAAAAGCUGUUGCCUUAUACGAUUAUGAUGCGGACAAACCAGACGAGCUAUCUCUAAGAGAAAACUGCAUUGUGUACGUGCUCAGAAAGAACGAAGAUGGAUGGUUUGAAGGAGUCUUGGAUGGAGUGACAGGGCUUUUUCCUGGUAAUUAUGUCCAACCAGUAUGA